AUGCCGCGUUGGUGCCCGACGUUGAAGCCCCGGGUUUUCUCGGCAACUGAGACAAGGUUUAUGUUACGCAGUGAACAAGGAGCCGGCCGGCCGGGCCCGCGUGCGUGUCGUCGACACGGCGCGCGGCGGCUAAUUAUCUGCGCGGCGCGGACGGGCAGGUCAUUAACUGCGCGCGCGAGGAGGAGGCUCUCCGGCGGAAAGUGUGACUGUGGACGCGGCGCGCUACGUUCCGUCGUCCUCCUCGCACAACAAGCGGGCGACGGCGCCGCCGGCGCCGGCGCGACACCGCACGACCGCGGCGGCCGCGGCGACCGCGUUCAUGGUCGGCGACGGCGGCUGUGGUCGUCGUCGCGCGUCCGCUGCGACGGUCGUCGGCUGCGGCACGUCGACGGCCGCCAGCGCGCGGCCGUGGCGAGUGCUUGUCCUUGGCCGCAUUGUUGUCAGCGCGGCGCGGCGCGCGCUUUGGACCCAGCGCAUGGUGUGAAGUGAUUGCUGCGUUGAGAACGUGGUUUUGCGCCAACAACUACAGUCGUAACGCUGCCACAGCGAGCGCUUUAGUCGUUUUUGCACCCCUGGCCCUA